AGCAUUAACCGUCUACUACGUUCUUCCACCGACCGUAUUGUUCGCUCAAGCUGAUUUACGAUUUUGUCUUUUUUUCCAGGCAAAGACUUCAGUCUGAAGACAUUAUGUAUCACAAACCAUACAUCCACCUUGGGGCAUAUUGUGUUGGCAUGUAUCUAGGCUACGCUAUCGCAAAGCGUUCGUAUAUCAUACUGAAACCGUAUGUCCUGGUUCUUGGCUGGACAGCAGCAGUCGCCUGUAAUUUAGCUGUUGUAUUUGGAGUCUACUAUUGGAAUAGAGGAAACGAAGUGAUAGAAGCUGCUGAUGCUGUAAUUUAUGCUGCCACGCACAGAACAGUCUGGGCUCUCGGGAUUGGUUGGCUAACGUUUGUUUGUGUAACUGGGAAUGGAGGGAUCGUUAGCAAGAUUUUAUCUUGGCGAGCAUGGAUUCCCCUCGGCAGGAUAACUUUUUUAACCUACCUCAUACACCCUCUGGUUCAAAUGACGUUGGUAGCGCACGUGAAAGAGAGGCUUCAGGCUGAUCAAUAUGUCGCUAUGUAUCUGUUUAGUGGUUUACUCCUGGCUUCUGUGACAACAGCGUCGUUCCUUUCUGUUCUCGUAGACAUGCCUUUUCGAGAACUCGAAAAAGGUUGUUGUGUCCGCGUUAAGAAAACGAUCAAAGUCCGAGCAGCGAAAGGAAUCUGUUGGAUCCAUGAAAUUAGGAUCCAGGAAAGUAUCCAUGAGAGAUAAGGAAACAUGGACCUGGCAUCCUGAAGAAGUCAUUAAUAACCCAGUGAUGGAGAAUCAGCACGUUGACUGACCGGAAUAACUAGGUUUGAAUAAAGAUGUUAAGCAUAAGAAAGCCAUCAGAAGGCUACUUUGAACUCUCAGUUUGAAAGAGAACCCAGUUAAUGAUCUCUUACACUAUUCAAGUAACUUACUUGUUGCACAAUGCAUUGGAUUCCGCACAGUCAAGCAAGCGAUACACUCUGAACAUAUAUAUUU